AUGGCGAGCCAGCUGACCGCCUCGUGCUCGUUCGUCUCGGCGUGCCCCGCGCGCACGGCGCGGCAUGCCGCCCCGGCCCCGCUGGCCGUGAGGCAGACGGUUGGUAGGCCGCAGGUCGCCGCGCGCGUGGCCGUGGAGAAGCUCGGGCGCGACACGUGGAACAACACGUACUACCCGAAGCAGGCGGACUCGGCGAACGUCACGAAGCCCUGGUACAUCAUCGACGCCGAGGGCCAGACGCUCGGCCGCCUCGCCUCGCUCGCUGCGCGGGUCAUCCGCGGCAAGCACCUCGCCACGUACCACCCCGCGAUGGACAUGGGCUGCACCGUCGUCGUGAUCAACGCCGACAAGGUCCAGGUCACGGGCAACAAGUACAACGACAAGACCUACUUCCGCCACACCCAGAACAAGCGGUCGGGUGCCGGCCGCCCCGGCGGCUGGAAGCUGGAGGCGUUCAAGGACCUGCAGGAGCGGCUCCCGGAGCGCAUCAUCGAGUCGGCGGUCCACGGCAUGCUCCCCAAGGGCCGCCUCGGGCGCAGCAUCCGCGUGCAGCACCUCAAGGUGUACAAGGGGGCGGAGCACCCGCACGAGGCGCAGCAGCCGACCGACAUCACGCACCUCAUCAACGAGGGCAAGAAGUCCCCGCUGGCGUGA